CGGACGUAACCCUCAAGGCACCGGCUCCCGCGAAUAUGAGCAUGACUCUCGUCCGAAAUUCGUUCAAAGGCUGUAGCGAGGACGACGCAGGUGUCGUGGAUACGGAGGUGGGCGGAGGUUGCGCGGGUGGAGCGCCAACCGCAGGAGGUGGAAGUGUUGCCGGCGAUGGAAGUGGUGGCGGCAGCGGUGGUACGUGCGGGGGGGUGGGUGGUGGCGGCAACAGCGAGGGCGGAUCAUCCGCGAAGCAGCAGCAGGGUGGUGAAAGGUGUCCUCAGUGCGGCAUCCCCUGUCGGGACGUCCGUGUCCUGCAGCUUCAUCUCGAGGACACGCACAAAACGUCCUGUACCAUCGACAAGCACGAUCUCAACGCCCAGUUCUCCCAAGUGUCCUGUAAGGUGUGUAGCAAGACCUUCGCCAACGUCUACCGAUUGCAGAGGCACAUGAUUAGCCAUGAUGAAAGCGCUGUUCUACGAAAGUUUAAAUGUCCUCAUUGCGAGAAGGCCUUCAAAUUCAAGCAUCAUCUUAAGGAACACCUGCGCAUUCACAGCGGUGAGAAGCCAUUCCAGUGCAACAAUUGCGGCAAGCGUUUCUCUCAUUCUGGAUCGUAUUCGAGCCACAUGACAGCGAAAAAGUGUUUGAUAAUGAAUCUGAAAAAAUCGAGGCAGAACACCAUAACCAAUGUCGAUCGGGGACAGAAAAAGACGCAUCAGGCUUUAUCGGGACGACGUGACGUCGAUCUGCUGACAGCCAACAAUAAUACGUUUCUGCCGAUUCUGCCGAAGUUAUCGCCGUCGGAGUAUCAAGAGAUACAAAGGGAGGGAACAGGUAUUUAUGACGUGCCAACUCUACUGCCUCACAUGAUGGGAUUCGGAAAUUAUUUCCUGCAGUCUUCGAUAGGCAAGUUGCUGAACCAAUUGCAUGCUAAGCGAUUCGACCACGUUACUGAGCAAUUUGAGACGCAUCAGGAAGUGAUGAGUCCAUCGACAGCAGAUUCUGAGGGAACGGAGGGCACUGAGGGCAAGGAGUCUCCUGCACCGGUAGAUCCAUUGCAAGGUCUGGAUGCGGUCCGACGAAUAUUAGAAACUGUAAACACCUCCGUGACGAAGCAGCUGCUUGAAGCGAAUAUGCGGAAGCUGUCCACGUCUCCAGCCACGAUGAAACGGAAGUUCGAAGAGGAUUACCAGGAUCAAGAUAGCGAAAUGUCUAAUGAAAUGACACAUUGUCCGGAUUGGGGCACAACGGACCAAUAUGAUUUACAAAGUGAAGGUUUAGCCGCGAAGCUCGAGAAUAUCAAUCCGACAUCGAGAUCAGCCAAGAAAAAAGCGGAGGAAAGUUCUGAGGCGGAUUCGGAAGAUGAAGAAGAGGGUAACCAGACUCAGAACGAUCACGGUAGAAGAGUCAGAGCUAGGUCGCUCAUAGAUGAUGAACAGCUUGCUGUUUUGAAAGGUUAUUAUGCCAUCAAUCCGCGACCUAAAAAGGAGGAGAUCAUCAUGAUCGCCAAUUACAUCAAUUUUCCUACUCGUGUCGUACAGGUUUGGUUCCAAAAUUCACGUGCCAGGGAUCGAAGAGAAUCGAAAAUGCCACCAGCUCUGGUACCUUUAGCACUUCCAGAGAAUUCAUCUAUUAUUGAACAGCCUUUGGAUUUAUCGAAGAAAGAAACAUUUGUUACAGUGAUCAAAGAAAGUGAUACAUCAAGCAGAAACACCUCGUCUCCAUGCGAACAGAAGGAUGAUAUUGCAGCUCCAACUGUCCCCCCCGAUAACGAUGACCUCGAGGAUUUACCUUUAGUCAUAGACGAAGAAACCGCUACUGAUCCCAUUGAAACUAAGCGUAUACCUCCUAGUGGAGAGAUAAUCACAAAGAAUCAAAAUCAAGCGAACGCAAAGGGCGAGAUCGAAAUUGCACCACAAUCGGAAAUAACCCCUACAGCAACAGAAAACGAGCAGGGUCUUUAUUUCUGUGAUCGGUGUGAGAAAACAUUUUCCAAACACAGUUCCCUUACGAGACACAAGUAUGAACAUUCCGGGCAAAGGCCUUACAAAUGUGUGGAGUGUCCAAGAGCGUUCAAGCACAAGCAUCAUCUGACUGAACACAAGCGGCUGCACAGCGGCGAAAAGCCCUUCCAGUGCUCCAAGUGCCUCAAGCGCUUCUCUCACUCCGGCUCCUACAGCCAACACAUGAAUCAUCGUUAUUCUUAUUGCAAACCCUACAGAGAAUAGAAGUACUCAAGUCUUCUUAUCUGAGGCUCGUUCGCUUACCUAUUAGAUUAUACUUUUCUCCCAUAGACUUAUAUAGAUAGACCGUGUUCUCUCGUUGGAGGCAAGAAGUCAGAAUUAGUAGAGAGGACAAGAGAUAGAUACUUUCCUUGUCCGACUGGUGCAGUUGAAGAAGAGAAGGAAAAAGAAGAAGCGGUUUUUUUCUUUGUUCUUAGAAAGAGAUGCGCAUUAUCCUCUCUUUCUUCAACUUUCAUUCUUAUGGAUUAUCAUUUACCUUGUACU